AGCCAAACGCCCAAGCACGAACGGAAAUUGACGCCAGAAGGAAGUCGCCGAGAGAGAGUCGCCGCCCCCCUGCACGCUCCACUGCUGCAGAGUCUAGCCGCUGCCCGCCAGACACCGCCUCGCCGGAAACUAUCCAGCCUCCAGGUCCAGGAGUCCAGGUGCGGAGAAACAAUGGAGGAGACGAAGAAGUUUUCGGAGCUUCAAUUAUUUAACAGUAUGACGAAACAAAAAGAGAUAUUCACUCCAAUGAAUCCUGGAAAAGUCGGAAUGUAUGUCUGUGGUAUUACUCCGUAUAACUUUAGCCACGUUGGCCAUGCUCGUGCCUAUGUUGUGUUCGGCAUUCUCUUCAGGCCGCGAAACCUGGCGAACCUAGUUGGGAUAGCCCAUGGGGUCCUGGAAGACCUGGAUGGCAUAUAGAAUGCUCUGCUAUGAGUGCUGAGUAUUUGACUCAUAGAUUUGAUAUUCAUGGUGGUGGGAUGGAUUUGCUUUUCCCUCAUCAUGAGAAUGAGAUAGCCCAAAGUUGUGCAGCAUGCCCAGAGAGUGAAAUUACUUGCUGGGUACACAAUGAAUUUGUCACAGAAAAUAACUUGAAAGUAUCAAAAUCUUCGAAGCAUUUCAAGACUAUCCGUGAGGUUACAGAAUCGUAUCAUCCCCUUGCAUUGAGGUACUUUUUAUUGGGGACUCACUAUCGUUCUCCAGUAAACUACUCAAUUCCACAGAUGGAGAUUGCAUCAGUAGCAGUUUUCUACAUAUAUCAGACGUUACGAGACUGCCAAGAUGCUGUGAGAGCUGUUGGAGAAAGGGUUGAAGUCUUGAGUGCCAAACCUCGUUUGAGUGCUGCUGCUCAAGAGAGUAUCAAUAAGUUAAAUGACGAUUUCGAGAAAAGAUUGUCUGAUGAUCUACAUACCCCCACUAUUUUAAAUGCCACUCUUCAAGAAGCUCUGAGGUCCAUGAACUCUUCCACCAGCCUCAUCAAGAAGAAGCAGCAACAGGAAUCAACUCUGCAUUAUCUGACUGAAUUAGAGAAGGGAGUUAGGAGAGUGUUGAUGGUGCUAGGAUUGCUGUCUGAUUCGCCCUAUCCCGAGGUUCUGCAGCAACUAAAAGACAAGGCACUGAAGAGGGCAGGUUUGAGCGAGGAUGAUAUUUUGCAAAAAAUAAACGAACGCGCCGAGGCAAGGAAGAAGAAAGAAUUCUCAAAAAGUGACGAGAUCAGGAGCGAUUUAUGUGCCAAGGGAAUAGCUCUAAUGGAUGCUGGAAAUGAGGGUACCCUUUGGAGGCCCUGUGUGCCAGUUGGUAUUACAACCUUCCCCCUCACGGAGUCGUGCCUCUCUGCAAACACACCCCCGAAUUUAAACAAACAUCAACAAGCAUUUGAGGAGCGAACCCAGCCUCUUCGCCAUCUCUCCUUUCGAUUGAUAGUAAUGCAGCCGUCAAGAAUGGAAUCCCAACCAGAAUCGACGGCGGCACCAUCGGAAGCGCCACCUGCGGAGGAGACUGGAGCGGCCGCAGAGGAGGAGGAGGACCAGCCGCAGGAGGCUGGGGGUGAUGACGAUGACGAAGGAGACGAGUCUAACGACGCGCUGAUCUCAAAGGCUCAAGCAUUAAUGGACAAGAUCACUGCCAACGCCGAGAACCCUAAUUCCAAUACACUGCACGCUCUCUCCUCCAUUCUUGAGUUCGAAGAGUCCAGUUACAUGAAAGAUGUAAGCUGUCCUUCCCCAAAUGGCCGCUCUUCACAUAACAUUGGACAGCUGGGUAACCUCAUUCGGGAGAAUGAUGAAUUCUUUGAACUUAUUUCAUCAAAAUUUUUAUCUGAAAGAAGAUACUCGAUGUCUGUACAAGCUGCUGCAACUAGGCUCCUCUUUAGCUGUUCACUCACUUUUGUGUAUCCUCAUGUUUUUGAAGAAACUGUUUUGGAUAAUCUAAAAAGCUGGGCAAUGGAGGAGACAUGUAAAUACGGGGAUGAUCUUUAUUGGAGGAAUGAGUCAGGAGAAGAAUCUUCAGACUCUGAAAUGCUCAAAACAUUCUCCACUGGGCUUAUUGCUGUCUGCCUGACCAGUGGUAGUCAAGUAGUUGAAGAUGUGCUAACCCCCGGAUUGCCAGCCAAGCUUAUGCGAUAUCUCCGCAUUAGGAUCUUGGGAGAGACAAACGUAGCACAACGAGAUUCUACAUCAAUAGUUGAGAGCAAAGCCGCUACUACUAGUAUUAGAACUAGAGAGGAGGGCAAGGGUCGGUUGCGUCAAGGGCCUGAAAAUUCUUAUUUGGAUGCCCCUGUACUUUCUAAGGAUGGCCUCGUUGAUGACCAACUGGCGGAGAGGGAUCGUGAUCGUGAUAGAAUAUUCAGCAGGCAUGCAGAUGGAGAUGAACAUUGGAUUGAUGAAGAACCAUCUGAUAUGAUGCCUGUAGAUAUCAAUAUCGAUGUUGUUGAGACUGAGAGUGAAGAUAAAUCACACAUAAGGGAUCUUCAUGAUGGCAAGUCAAAGCAAAGUGUUAGAUCUGUAAGGGAAGAAGAUGUUGAUGAUAGCUCUAGAGAUGACUCAGCAAGGCAUAAGACAAGUCGUGGUUGUGCAAGGUCUCGAGUGCGACCUAGGGUUACUGAAGCUGCCAUGGAGAAUGAACUAGCUUUGACUCCUGCUAGCUCUGGAAAUAGAAUGGGGGGUCAUGCUCGUAGCAGGAAUUUAGCAAGGAAUUAUGAUGGGAGAAAAAUCAUGGAAAGCAAGCAGAAUAUUGAGAGGAAUUCUACUGAUGUUCAUGGAAUGGAAAGGGAUGAUAACGAUGAUUGCUUUCAAGACUGUAAAUUUGGUUCUAAGGACAUCACUGGUCUGGUAAAGAAAGCAGUUGCUGCUGCUGAAGCUGAAGCUAAAGCUGCCAAUGCUCCUAUAGAAGCCAUCAGAGCAGCAGGUGAUGCUGCUGCAGAAGUGGUUAAAAGUGCUGCUUUAGAGGAAUUCAAAAAGGCAAAUGAUGAAGAGGCUGCAAUUGUGGCUGCUUCUAGAGCUGCAUCUACAGUAGUUGAUGCUGCAAUUGCAGUUAAGGCAGCAAGAAAUGUGACUAGUGCUAAUGACUCACAAGAGCCUAAGCCUACAGAAAAGAUCAGUGAGGAAGUUGAUGAUUUUUUCAUUCUCGAUAGCUUUUCUCUUGCAAAGCUGAGAGAGAAAUUCUGCAUCCAGUGUCUUGCGAUUCUAGGCGAAUAUGUUGAAGUCCUUGGGCCAGUAUUGCAUGAAAAAGGAGUAGACGUGUGUCUUGCACUAUUGCAGCAAAAUUUCAAUGAUAAAGAUGAAUCUGAAGUUUCGCAACUUUUGCCCGAUGUUCUAAAGCUGAUCUGGUCUUUGGCUGCUCAUCGUAAAUUUGCUGCAGUGUUUGUGGAUCGCGGUGGAAUGCAAAAAUUGCUUACAGUCCCAAGAGUUUCUCAGACAUAUCUUGGUCUUUCAUCUUGUUUAUUUACUAUAGGUUCAAUUCAGGGGAUAAUGGAACGUGUCUGUGCGCUCCCUUCAAACAUUGUCCUUCAACUUGUUGAGUUAGCUCUUCAGCUUCUUGAGUGCUCCAAUGAUCAAUCAAAAAAGAAUGCAGCAUUGUUUUUUGCUGCUACUUUUGUCUUCAGAGCAAUUCUUGAUGCUUUUGAUGCUCAUGAUGGUUUACGAAAGAUGCUCAAUCUUUUGCAAGAUGCUGCCUCAGUAAGGUCUGGUACAUCUGGGACAAUCAGUGCUUCGGGAUCAUUACGCAGUGAGCGUUCGCCUCCAGAGGUACUGACUUCUUCAGAAAAGCAGAUAGCUUAUCAUACAUGUGUGGCAUUGCGGCAAUACUUCAGAGCACAUCUUCUCUUGAUUGUGGAUUCAAUCCGCCCCAGUAAAAAUGUCCGUGGUGCAGCUCGAAAUAUUCCAAGUGUUAGAUCUGCCUAUAAGCCACUUGACAUAAGCAAUGAGGCUAUGGAUGCUAUAUUUCGUCAAGUACAGAAAGAUCGGAAACUUGGUUCUGCACUUGUGAAGGCUCGGUGGAAUGUGGUGGAUAAGUUUUUAAGCUCAAAUGGGCAUAUUACUAUGUUGGAAUUUUGUCAGGCAGCUCCACCUGUUGAGCGCUACUUGCGCGAUUUGCUUCAAUAUGCUCUCGGUGUGCUUCACAUUGUUACUCUAGUGCCGAACAGCCGCAAACUUAUUGUAAAUGCAACACUAAGCAAUGGCCGUCUUGGUGUGGCAGUCAUUUUGGAUGCUGCAAAUGGUGCUGGUUAUGGUGAACCAGAGAUUAUUGAAGCGGCACUGAAUGUGUUAAUCAAUCUUGUGUGUCCUCCUCCCUCAAUUAGCAAUAAACCAUCUGUUUCUUCCCAAGGCCAGCAGAAUGCUCCCAUCCUUCAUUUGAAUGGUUCUAAUAUGGAGAGUCGUGACAGAACUGCAGAGCAAGUUCAGUCUUCAAAUACUUCAGGAUUGGUUGGGAUUUCAACAGUUGGCACAACUACCAGCAGUGUGACACAAGGCCCUCAUUCUGCAGUACCUUCAGGGUUAGUUGGGGACCGUAGAAUUUCACUUGGUGCUGGGGCUGGUUGUGCUGGCCUUGCUGCACAACUAGAACAAUGCUACUAUCAAGCAAGAGAGGCUGUUCGUGCCAACAAUGGCAUUAAGGUUCUCCUUCAGCUCCUCCAACCACGAAUAGUUACACCUCCGGCUUCCCUUGACUGUUUGCGUGCUCUCGCAUGUCGAGUCCUCCUCGGAUUGGCCAGAGACGACACAAUUGCACACAUAUUAACAAAGCUGCAGGUAGGGAAAAAACUAUCAGAGCUCAUACGAGACUUUGGUAAUCAGAAUUCUGGAACGGAGCAGAGUAAGUGGCAAGCUGAGCUUGCACAGGUGGCUAUUGAGCUCAUAGGGGUUGUAACUAGUUGUGGACGUGCCAGUACCCUAGCUGCUUCGGAUGCUGCGACCCCAACAUUGAGGCGCAUAGAGAGAGCUGCCAUAGCUGCUGCUACCCCAAUUUCAUACCACGCUAGGGAGCUUUUACUUCUUGUCCAUGAACAUUUGCAAGCAUCUGGGUUGACAGAAACAGCAUCCACUCUUCUAAAGGAGGCUCACUUAACACCUUUGCCAUCUUUAUCAGCACCAUCCUCUCUCACAUAUCAAGUCUCUGGUCAGGAAAUUUCCUCUGCACAACAAACUCAAUGGCCUUCUGGGCGUGCACCUGGUGGGUUCAUGUUAUUUGAUAAUAAUAAUAAUAAUAAGCCAAAAGCGGCUGCUGGUGCAUUGCAGGAUGAGGAGGUUGGAAUGAAAUGUGAUGCAUCAGUGUCUUACAAAAAGAAACCUUUGGUGUUUUCAUCUGGAGGGCGUAGUAGUCUGCAUUCAAAAUAUAAUAAUCCCUCUGAGAUCUCACCAGUUUUCAAAAGCAACAUUACUAGGAAACCUUAUACUACACCUAUUGCCUCACCCUUCUCGGAAGGUCAAAUGGCAUCUGUAGCUGGUGAUACAGACAUCCAGUCUAAUAAGACACCAACAAUUGUAUUGCCGGUUAAACGCAGAUCAACAGACAUUAGGGAUAGUGGGGCACCACCUGCAAAACGCCUUAACACUGGUGACACUCCAUUUAAAUCUCCAACAACCUUUGGAACUCCGUAUUCUGCCCGUAGAAGUUGUAUUCCUCCGGAUGCAAGUCUGUUUGUCACACCACCACCACCACAGCCAAGUUUUUCAUGUAUCAAGGAGCAGCAGCAUGGCCGGUCUAUCGGAAGUGUGUUACCAUCUGGCGAGGGGGAUAAUAACUUUUCAAAUGACUUGCAAGCCUCAUCAUCAAACACAGAGCGGUUGACAUUAGAUUCUUUGGUGGUUCAGUAUCUGAAGCACCAACAUCGCCAAUGCCCAGCUCCAAUCACAACCCUACCUCCAUUGUCCCUUUUGCAACCACAUGUCUGUCCAGAACCCAGACACAGUUUUGACGCUCCAACUAAUGUGACAUCUAGGCUCACUUCACGGGAAUUUAGGAGUGCUGUGUUACCAUCUGGCGAGGGGGAUAAUAACUUUUCAAAUGACUUGCAAGCCUCAUCAUCAAACACAGAGCGGUUGACAUUAGAUUCUUUGGUGGUUCAGUAUCUGAAGCACCAACAUCGCCAAUGCCCAGCUCCAAUCACAACCCUACCUCCAUUGUCCCUUUUGCAACCACAUGUCUGUCCAGAACCCAGACACAGUUUUGACGCUCCAACUAAUGUGACAUCUAGGCUCACUUCACGGGAAUUUAGGAGUGCGUGUAGUGGGAUCCACGGAAGGCGCAAGGAUCGUCAAUUCAUCUACAGCAGAUUCCGACCAUGGCGAACUUGCCGGGAUGAUGGCGGUGUCCCUCUGACUUGCAUGACUUUUCUUGGAGACUCUUCACAAAUUGCUGUUGGCAGCCACUUGGGAGAGCUUAAAAUUAUUGACUCUAAUAGCAACAGCGUCCUGGAGAGUGUUGCAAGCCAUAAUAAUCCAGUGACCCUACUCCAGUCGUAUAUUUCAGGAGAGACUACUCAACUUAUGCUCUCUUCAAGUUGUCAAGAUGUCCAGUUGUGGAACAUGUCCACUUUUUCAGCAGGACCUCAGCAUUCAUUUGACGGAUGCAAAGCUGCGCGGUUUAGCAAUAGUGGAACAACAUUUGCGGCGUUGUCGGCAGAUUCACAUCAGCGUGAGAUACUGUUGUAUGACGUCCAAACAUGCCAGCUGGAAUUGAAGCUUACGGACAGUGUCUCUAAUGUCACCUCUGGACGGGGACACAUGUAUUCCCUUGUACAUUUUGACCCCUCGAACGAUAAACUGCUCUGGAAUGGUGUUUUAUGGGAUCGUCGUGAAUCACGCCCGAUACAUCGGUUUGAUGAGUUUACAGACUUUGGAGGUGGGGGGUUUCAUCCUUCCAGGAAUGAGGUGAUUAUAAACUCGGAGAUUUGGGACCUUCGGAAGUACAGACUGUUGAAGAGUGUUCCGUCCUUGGGUCAAACGGUAAUAACGUUUAAUGGUAGUGGUGACGUAAUAUAUGCAAUACUGAGGAGGAACCUUGAGGACGUGACAUCAGCGGUCAACAGUCGGCGGGCAAAACACCCGCUCUUUUCAGCAUUCCGUACAGUGGAUGCUGUUAACUAUGCCGACAUUGCCACCGUUCCUGUGGACCGCUGUGUCCUCGACUUGGCAACGGAACCGACUGAUUCUUUUCUUGGGUUGGUGACUAUGGAUGACCAUGAAGAGAUGUUUUCUUCUGCUAGGGUUUAUGAAGUUGGUCGUCGGAGGGUCACAGAGGAUGAUUCUGAUCCCGAUGACGCUGAUAGUGAGGAGGAGGAGGAUGAUGAUGACGAUGACGAUGAUGAUGAGGAAGGAAUCAUUGAACUUGAUGUGGAUGGUGAAAGUGAGGAUGGUGAUGAUGGUAGUCUGGGUGGACUUGAUGAUGAUGAUGAGGAGGAGGACGACGAUGACAAUGAUGAGGGGUUCCAUAGAGACGACGACGACGAUGAUCUGGACUUUGAGGGUGGGCAAGGAAUGUUAGGAGUAGUGUCGGAAGGUUACGAAGACGAGGAUGACGAUAGUGAACUGGAGUUUUUUGGUAGUGAAGAUGAAGGCAACGAUUUGUAGUUGUAAGCAGUGAAAUGAUAUUUGCACGCACGGCAUUGGCAUGGCAUGCCUAAAUUAUGCUGCUGAGCACCAACUUGGCAGCUCUUACCAUUUUGUUUUGGUUUUGUUUAUGGCUUC